AUGGCUACGAGCACCUCCUUCUCCGCACUGCGUGUUGCCGAUCGUAUGCGCAACUUUAAGAAAGGAAUCGACGUCGAUGAGACGCGACGGAGACGUGAGGACACUACUAUCCAAAUCCGCAAGAACCGACGCGAAGAGCGACUGAACCAGCGAAGACGAAUGAUUUCCUCGGACCAUAGCAGCAAUGGCAUGAGUGUGGAGAUGGCAAGCACGAGUCCAGACAUGCCAAUGCAUUCCCUUAACGGCGUCAGUGUAUCAGACUUGCCCAAGAUUGCGGCAAUGAUUCAGUCAUUGGACCCGAUGGAGCGAUCAAACGCAGUAUCCAAGUUACGGCGGCUUUUGUCACUUGAGAUCGAUCCGCCUAUUCAGGAAGUAAUCAACCUGGGUGUCGUGCCGCUACUUGUGGAUUUUCUAAAGCAGCAUGAUCGACCAGAGAUGCAGUUUGAGGCUGCGUGGGCGCUCACGAAUAUCGCCUCGGGCACGACGAAACACACGGAGGUGGUGAUCAGAUGUGGCGCGGUUGAGCUGCUCUGUGGACUGCUACUUUCUCCCAACGAAGAUGUCUGUGAACAAGCAGUGUGGGCAUUAGGAAAUAUCUCGGGUGAUUCACCGCAUUGUCGCGAUUUGGUGCUGAAUGCGGGUGCGAUGAUGCCGUUGCUAGCAGUAUUGCGGAGAUCUUCCGGAAAGCUCUCUAUAUUGCGAAACGCGACAUGGACGCUAUCGAACUUUUGCCGGGGUAAGCCCCGACCAGAUUUUGCUCUUGUAAGCCCAGCGCUGAAACUGCUCCCGCAUUUGAUUCAUUCCCCGGACGAGGAAGUUGUCACGGAUGCGUGCUGGAUGCUUUCAUAUCUCUCGGACGGCACGACCGAGACAAUUCAGGCCGUUAUUGAUGCUGGCGUAUGCCGACGAGUAGUGGACCUGGUGGGUCACACGUUAACAUCCGUCCAAACGCCGGCUCUACGCACCAUCGGAAAUAUCGUGACAGGCAAUGAGCAGCAAACACAGGUGAUGCUGGACCUGAUAGUGCUGCCGCGUUUCGUGCCACUCCUCAAACAUGGAAAGAAGCUGAUCCGCAAGGAAGCGUGCUGGGCGAUAUCAAACAUUACGGCUGGUACACCAGGUCAGAUUCAGGAAGUGAUCGAUAGCAAUGUGAUUCCACCACUGCUGUCUCAGAUGAUGUCGGUAGAGCUUGACGUCCGAAAAGAAGCUGCAUGGGCUAUUUCAAAUGCCACUUCCGGCGGCACCCCAGAGCAAAUCAAAUAUUUAGUACAACAAGGCUGCAUUCCUCCUUUAGUAAAGCUCUUGGAUGUGCAAGAUCCGCGUGUGAUCAAUGUGUCAUUAGACGCUCUGGAAAACAUUCUUCGUGCAGGGGAGGCAUCUAUGUCACUGACUGACACUGAAAACUGUAUGGUCCGACACAUCGAAGAAGCAGAUGGUAUUGAGCUGAUCCAGAACCUACAGUUUCACCACGAAGAAGACAUCUACGAGAAAUCUGUGCGUAUUAUUCGUGACUAUUUCGAUGGCGAAGAUGAGGAAGACUUCGACAUCACACCUGAUAUGGACUUCAACUCUCAUCAAUUUACUUUCGGCAUGGGCCAAGAAGCUGCUUGUACAAGUGCAGACGAAGUUGAAGGAAGCGUGCGAUUUCGCUUCUAG